AUGGCUUUUAUGUAUCCACAGAAUUAUCCCGAAUGUCCUUUGUUAUUGACAGAACCUGCUUGGUAUUCAGAUGAUUAUCCCGAAAAAGAAGAAUUACAUACAUUAUUUGAACAAUUUAAAAAUGAUAGAAAUACAUCCUUAAAUAUUGUUUCUGGAACAUCAAGUACUGAUGUUGGAAAUGAUACAGAUGAUGCUAUCCCAUUGUCAUCUGGACCAUUUCCAGCUGCUAAUUUAAGAACUGAUGGUAAUGAUGAAGAUGAAGACAAUGAUGGUCCUCCAGCAUCAGAUGAGGAUGAAUGA